AUGCCGCUCUCAGACCACACCCUGCACCCCCUCGUCGCGCAGACUUUUCGCUUUUCGUUUUUCCAAGACCAUCAGUUCCACACCACCGCGACGCGCUAUGUCCCCAAACGCCGCCGCGACCAGAAUAAGAAUAUCGACGGUGCUGUCCAGUACAACAUCAUCUUCAGCAACGGUAUAUCUUUAGCUCAGGAAACUGCCAUCCCCGUAAUCAAAGAGCUAUACCGCCUGACCGCCGACAGCGAAGCAGUGAGCAUCCGCUCAGCAUGGGUCGUAGAGCGGCCCAACCACGGCGACGCCGCCCAAAUGAACGAAGAAGUACUGAGACACUACGUCGAAAAUCAUGUACGUGGCCAGGUCCCCCGCCUUCCGCCUGAUCGAUGGGCUGAACAGGCUGCUGCAGUCCCGGGGCGGAUACCCGGCGCGGCCAUCCGCGCGUUCUUGGCGUCCAACAUCCUCCAGCCAGAGGAGCGCGAGAACCUCGUCGGGGUCGCGCAUUCUGGCGGAGGCGGCUCUUUGAUCAACGCUCUGGGGCCGUCGAAGCAGCACUUGCCGCUGUGCGCGCUCAUCCUCGUCGAAUCGCCCCAUAUCGAACACGCAGCUUGGGGCCCCCUCUUGCAGCUGUACGACGCUGUGAGGCGGUCGAACUCGCGGCGCCCGACCCGCUGGGCCAGCGCGGAGCACGCCAUGGCGUGGUUCAAGACUCAUGUCCCGUGGAAGAACUUCCAUCCAGACGUGCUGCACAUCAUCUCCGAGACGUAUUUCAGGCCGGAUCCCGCGCUUCCCGGGACGGUCACGACCAAGACCCCCGUUGAGCAGGAGACUGCGUGUUUCCUGGACGAUGGCACCAACCUCAACGAGCUGCCGUAUCUCAGGAGCAUCAUGCACCUCCUCCCAACGCACCUCAUCCUCGGCGACGCUAUGGACAUCUGGCCGAAGCCCAUCUACACGAUGAUAUCCGAGAAUAUCGAAGCGGACCGCGCAAAGUUGGCCUCUGUGACGACUAUCGCUGGAGCUGGGCACUACGUGGGUGAUCUAAUAUCCACUCCUCAGAAUCAGAAACAACGAACUAAUAACGACGAACUAAUAACGACGAUGCUGCUAUGUUCCUCAUCUGCGACAGCUGCCCGUCGAGAAACCCAGAGAGUUGGCCAGCGCGAUAUUCGGGAUCCUGUGCACCCGGGCGCAGGCUUUGUCUUUGUCUUCGCGUUCCCGUUUAUGAUUAUGAUGGGCUUCUUGAUACGCGAUCGUAGACGCCAAAUAUAA